AUGUCUUUCCAGAAGCCCGAGAAGGAGUUCGGCGAGGGCCCUAAGGUCCACAAGAUCCGCAUCACCCUCACCUCCCGCAAGGUUGCCUCCCUCGAGAAGGUCUGCCAGGAGCUGAUCGACCGCGCUCGCUCCAAGUCCCUCCAGGUCAAGGGUCCCGUCCGUCUUCCCACCAAGACCCUCCAGAUCUCCACCCGUAAGACCCCCAACGGUGAGGGUUCCAAGACCUGGGACAAGUUCGAGAUGCGCAUCCACAAGCGUCUCAUCGAUCUCCUUGCCCCCACCGAGACUGUCAAGCAGAUCAUCAUCAACAUCGAGGCCGGUGUUGAGGUUGAGGUCACCAUUGCCGCAUAA